AACAAUUUAUCACAAUUUAAUUUUGAUCAAUGACCAAAGAUUGUUAAAAUCAAUGAAAUAGCAUUAAGAAUUAGGCAUAGACAUGUUUACACAUUUCCUUUACACGGAAGUUGAUGACAACAAAGAACAAUGUUAUAAGAUAUCUUUUUAAUGGCUUUCUUCUCUUUUGUUUUUCUUUCAGUUGACGCUCUUAAAUGCUGGCGUUGUUCUUCGGAUUCAACUACAUCAGCUUUUUGUGAUGAUCCUUUCGAUCCAAGCAUUAUCAAUGAUCAACAACGAAGAUGGGCUUAUGUCGAUUGCAGUUUCCCUCCAACCACACAACAAAAUUUUGGAACUUAUCAACAGUCAUCACGACCAGUUUGCAAAAAGAUGAAGCAAUUGGUCAAUGACAAAGUGGUCGUUUCUAGAUCUUGCUCAUGGGAAGAUGUGAACGCGCCAGCUGAUAGUUGCAUGCGCACCCAAACGCCUUCAUAUAUUAAAACAGAGUUUUGUGAAACUUGUGGUCAUGAUGGUUGUAAUGGAGCUUCAACAUUUAGUGUAGCCACAAUUCUCGUUCUUAUACCAGCCGUCAUCGCAUAUUUUCUAGCAUUGUAAAGUCACCAUUUAAAUAAAAAUCAACCAACUUCAGAACUUUAUGAAUCUUCCUGUAUUUAUUUUAAAAAGCUUAUCCCAAAAACAUACAAAAAGAAACCUAAAGCUGCUUUGUAUGAUUCUGUACAUCAGCUUUUAAAAGAAUAGCAGAAAAAUGUCAAAAUUUGAUAUUUCCAACAUUAGUUGAAUAAUAUAUAAAUACAAAGAUUUGAAACUGAAAAUAUUGAAACACGUAGAUUUUAAUUAGAAUCCAUUUUGUCCUAUCCACAAUUACACAAAUACAAUCAAUAAAUAAAUAAAUUGAUGAUCACGAAAAUGCCUUCUGUACCAUUUAAAGAAAUCUUAUGAUGAUGUUUUCUUCAAAAAACCUUUUACCACAACUUUACUUAUAGUCUUGGAACUCUUUUUUUUAUUAAAUCGAUCACCAACUUUUUAUCAGAUAUUUAGAAAGUCAAAAUUUUAAGAUAUUUGGCAAACUUCUCCAAACUAAUUUAUUAUUGUAGUUUAUUGGGCAGGAUGCUAAUCGGAAGCUUCGUUGUUCAAUUUAUAAGGAGAUACAAAAUGCAAAAAUAUGUAUUUAACAAAGCUUUUAGAAUCAUCAUACCGUUUAAAACUUACUGAAUAACAAGCAUUAAAUCUCACAAAUAGAUAAGCCUUCUAAAUAUUUUUAAGCACAUUAAACCAAUUGAUGUACGUUUAACCAUGAUUUUAAGUCUUUCGCUGAAAAAAUCUUGAAUAUCAUCUUACGAGAAAAAUUUUCAUAGAUUAUUGCGGAUUUUGUGUAAUUUUGUACAUAAGAGUGAAAGCAUUGUAAACAAGAAUUAAUAAAACAAUCAGCAUUACUUGACGUCAUAAAAACUUUAAUUUGUUUGAUUUGUCUGAC